AAACCUUAAUCUUGUGAUUAAACUACUAGUAUGAGUUUUCUGGUCUCAACUCUAAAACCCUAAAGCACAACCCCAUUUCCAAUUCUAUCAAAAAUUCUCCCUUUCAUUCGGAUUUAGCGAGAAGAUCAUAAACGAUUUAUACCUCGAAAGCGAACUGUGAAGGGGAAGGUAGAAAAUGGCGUUCAGAUCAAGAGAAAUAAUGAAAAAGCUAGUGAAGAAUAUAGGCGGAGAGCAGAACUUGGCAUCUGGAGUUAAACAACAGCUCGAGAAAUGCGUGCCAAAGAGUAAAGUCGUGAUGGGUCGGGCUCAGCGUGGCCUCUUCGCUGGCCGCCACAUUCAGUUUGGCAAUCGUGUUAGUGAAAAGGGUGGAAAUACGUCGAGGAGGAAUUGGAAGCCUAAUGUGCAAGAGAAACGGCUUUUCAGCUAUAUCCUAGAUCGACAUAUUCGUGUGAAGGUGACAACUCAUGCCCUUCGAUGUAUUGACAAGGCAGGUGGUAUUGAUGAGUACCUACUGAAGACACCUUACCACGAGAUGGACACUGAAUUAGGCCUCUUCUGGAAAGCUAAGAUUGAGAAGUUGUAUGAGGAGCUUGGAAAAAUGGAGGUAGUAUUCUUUACACCUGAAGAUGAAGCAAAACUUGAAGAGCAAUUUAGGGAAGUAAAGUUGGAAGAACGAGCAGCCCGUAGGGAAGCCAGGAGAAAGAUGUAUGGUUGGUCACCCAAAUCCGAGCUAAAAGCAGAUUCUGAAGGAACUGAUGGAGAAGGGAACCUACAAUCUGAUUUCCAUGAAGGGAUGGUUGCCAAUGCUUGAAAGCAUUCGGGCGACAAAAUGUUGUAGGUUUCUGAGCUGCUUCCUGAUAGUGAAGGGCUUCUUUUUUGGUCCUAGAAUGUUUUGUAUUCCUGGCUAGCUUGAGUAACAUGAAUUUUGCUUGCAUCUGGCUUUGUGUAAACUUCUCUACCUUGAUAGCAGGCCUAGUAAAGGUGCUAUUCUUGAUAUAAUAACGAGAAAUGCUACAACUAUUUCAAUACUUUUGUUAAGUGGUGUGAUUGACUCAGA